GGGAGCAGCCAGGACGCACACACUCCUCCUUCAGUCCCUUCAGCCACGCACACACACUGGCAGAGCUGCUGUCUGCAGUGGGUUGAGCACAGUGCAGCCGCCUGGGAUUGUUAAAACUACUCCCUUAAAGUCUGGGAUCGGACGGUGAGCGAGAGAGAAAGGCGAGUCAGAGACGAGUCUGGGCCACAGUUUGCUGGUGUGAUUUUCUUCCUGUGUAGCCGGAGGACAGAGAGGAUGGAGACCAAAGUGUGGAUUGGCCUUUGUGCGCUGCUGCUCAUGAACUUGGGAUCUGCUGAACAUGAUGGUGACCACACUGCUGCCUCCUCUGCUUCAGAAAGUGAUCCUGAGGCUCCAUCUGCAGAGUCUGUGCCUGGUUCUAGUCCGGACCCCAUCCUUCGUACAUCUGCUGCACCUUCACUGAGUGACUCCGACACAAGUUCAAACAGCACCAGCAGUUUGAGCAGUAACAAGACUACAGAGGGGGAGAGCAUGGCCGUGACACCUGAACCAACCAAAGCUCAUGGUACCAACACCAGCUCUCCCACAGAGGCUGUCCUUCCUGGAAAUGUAUCCACAGAUCAGUCGACACCACAGGCUCCAGUUCCUCCUUCUGAGAGCCACACCACUGCCUCUCCCAUCACCCCUGCCCCCACCAGCACCACACACACAACUCACACUGCUACUACAGACAAACAGAGCCCCACACCGCCCACAACACCACAUACUACACUUCCACUUCCUGAAGUUACAGCAUCAAACCAGCCCAGUCACAACGAAACACACUCGUCCACUCAUGUCCCGACACCUGAGCCACCAAAGCUCAAUUCUACAACUGCUGCUGUCGUCGCCCAGACUAGCUCAGCGUCCAGCUCCUCUCAAGAGCCCCCCAAAUCUGAGUCCCCGACUCUCGCAACACAACAAACCACAUCACAGUCCGACGAACACCCUCCGACCACCAGCAAAUCCGACCUAAAGACCACCAUCACCCAGACGACCAGCCCCUCCGCUGAGGCCAGACUCCACGCCAAAACCCCCUCCCAGCUCAACGUUGGGGGUGAUCCAACGAUGGUCCAUGACUCUCUCACAUUAGACCCCCUUCUGGCUGGCCUGGUGUCAGCCUUCAUCAUCACUGCCGUCAUCAUCACUCUGCUCCUCUUCCUCAAACUGCGCCGGAGAGACAACCGACCUGAGUUCCGCAGGCUGCAGGACCUUCCUAUGGACGACAUGAUGGAGGACACACCUUUGUCCAUGUACAGCUACUAAUGGAGGCUCAAGUGAAACGUUUUGGCGCCCAAAUAUUCUCCAUGAAUCCAGGCUCAUGCUGCAGCGGUCCUUGAACCUGACCUUUCUUCCUUAAUCUGCACCAAACAGAAAGAAUGCUGGGUAGGUGUGAGCAAACAUCUGGAUCGCUUUCAUUUAUCUGACAUGUAGGAAAGGACGUGAUUGAAGCUGCAAUGGACAAUGAAGAUGUAUCGCCCAUGUCGGGCUCGUUUUGGCAAAAGUCUAUUUUGGUGCCUGUAAUUAUGAAUUAGGCCGACGCCUCUGUUGAAUACUGUAUGCUUAAUAUUUUUCAGCCCUGCUUUUGGGGUGUGGGAGUUGUAUAAUAUAUUUUGAUUUCCCCAGAGUUGAAAAGGGUAAAAGCAUCAUUUGGAUGGUUCUCACCUGGACGCAGAUCCAGCCUGUCCUGCCAGACUCUUACCUGGGGGUCACUGGUCUAAUUUCCCUCUUUUCACUUAGUGUUAGAACGUCUGGCAGUCUGACUGAGAGGCCAGAAACAGAACAUAACAAAUGGCCUGAUUAUAGUGUUAAAAAGUUGCACUUUACUUUUUCAGGAGUGGAAAAAAAGGACAAAUAUUUUUGUGUAUGAGAAAAAUUGAGUUUUGUGUGCAUACAUAGGUGCAGGCUGUGUGUGUUUGUCGGUGUGUGAGUUUGUUAAAGGUGCAUGUGUGGAUCUUUGAAGGCGUGGCAGGGGAUAUUUAAGCGUUUUCUUUUUUUCUUCUUCUUCUAUUGUUUUUAAUUUCUGUGUUGAAGGUCCUGCUGCCUUUUGGCCUGAUUUUGAAAUGUGCAGUGUGUGUUUUUUUGUGUCUUUCCUGGAGUCUUGUGUCCAGGGGAGAGUGCCUUACACAGUAUAGGAACAGCUCUUAUUGAAUACUGUAUUUAUAUUCAGACUAACUUCCAGAUUUACCCGUCAUUCCCAGCGCUUUGUGUGAUUCCAAUUGAAAUGCGCACUCAGGCCCAGGUAGCUGCUCUGACUUGCCUGUGUUUGAACACUAGCCUUGAGCAUGUUCACCACUCACUCAUAUGAUGACAGUUGCAGACUGAAACGGGCCCAGUGGCCUUUCCACACAAUGUUGGCAUUGUCCUGUGCGUUGUAAAUACUACUGAUGAUUGCGUCAUUCAGAGACAAACUCUUCAUCUUAGUUGCUGCUUAAGCAUUCACCAGGCACAAACAUAUUGAAAGUGUUACAUGGGACUGAUCUGACGGCACCUUGUUCUCUUAGUAAGUUCACAAAUAUUCCAUUGAUUAUACUGUGUCAGCCUCGCUGUGUGUGUGCUCUGCAAACGUGCAGGAUAAUGUGAGCGGGAGGGAGACAACCCACGUGGAUAGAAAUCAAUUGGAGCUAAUACUUGUGUUCACUGUUUAAUCUCUGUGCCAUGAAUACGGCAGAUGGGUGACAAAUUAAAGGGAAAAUCAACAUAAAAUGUCUGAGUAGGUAGGGUGUUGGGACCCCUGAAGAUUAGGGCUGGGUAUCGGUACUGGAUACUUUAAAGCUCCAGUGUGCAGCGUUUAGAGGGACAUAUUGGCAGAAAUGGAAUAUAAUAUAAUCAGUCUGUUUUCUUUAGUGUGUAAUCACCUGAAAAUAAGAGCUGUUGUGUUUUUGAUACCUUAGAAUGAGACGUUUAUAUCUACAUAUGGAGCAGGUCUUCUUCUACGGAGUUGGCCAUGUUGCACCGCCAUGUUUCUACAGUAGGUCAGAAGAGACAAACCAAACACUGGCUCUAGAUAGUGCCACUGGCGUUUUCACGUGGGGUACCAUAGUUAGCAGAAAGAUUUUCCUUAAACUUGAAACUGCUCUACUCAGUGUUGUUACCGGUUUAAAUCAUCAAGUCUGUUUGUUUUAAAGAGGAAGAGACCUCUGCGGACAAUUCAGCUAUUGGUGAAAACCUCCUGAACGUCUGGGUCUUAAAGGAGCUAUAUGUAAGAAAUCUAAAGCAAAUAGUCAUAAAAUCCUCCUAAUAUGUCACAGAGACUAAGGAAUAAUGUUCAUGUAACAUACUGAUCUCACCGACAACAAUAGUACAGCCAGAAUAUUCGCAUUUAAAAAAAAUUUUACGGUCCGCAAAUCAUGUUUAUGUUUUGAAUUUGUGUGUUGCGCCACCCACCACCGUCUACCAGUCACACAGUCAGUAGAGUCUCAGCAUCAGUUACAGUUACGACUGAGCUACAGCAGCACGGCAAGCAGCAUUAGCAGUGUCCCGGUACAUAGCAUUAGCAGCCGGCUCCUCCUCAGCUGUGUCCCGGCAGCAGCGUUAGCAGCAGAGAAGCCGGACUUGCUCGAACGGUCGAACUGAAGAUCAAGGACGUGGCGACGCGGCCCUGCCACGGCAGCCACCCGUGAGCAAACAAAUCAGUCUCCAGCGUGCUGCUGUCCAGCAACCUCCAAUCUGUAGGGGAGGGGGGAGGGGGGGCGGACACGACUCGCGGCAGUAUUUUGAAUUUGAGUGCAGUAACCGUUUUGGCCACGUUCUUACAUACAGCGCCUUUAAGUUAUCCGAGAAAACAGAUGAGCACACAUUCACAGGUGCUAAGCUAGCGGCCUGUCUGUAUGUGCCAAACAGCAUUAGAGAAACACUGAUUUGCAAUGUGAGACUGCUUCAUUCAGUGUUUCUACCUGUUUUAAUCACCUGGUCUGUUUGUUUUAAAGAGAAAAAGACCUCUGUAGACAAUUCAGCUAUUGGUAAAAACCAACUUAACGUCUGGAUAUGGUUAUCAGAGAAACAAGAUGAGCACACAUUAACAGGCACUGGGCUCGCAGCCUGUCUGUACAGUAUGUGCCAAAGACUGAUUUGUAACGUGAAACUGCUUCAUUCAGUGUUUUUACCUGUUUUAAUCACCUGGUUUGUUUAUGUUGGAGAGAAAAAGACCUCUGCAAAUAAUUCGGCUCCCAGUAAAAACCUCCUGAACAAUAAACGCUAAAGGAAAUCUAACUGGGAGAAGAUUCAGCUGGUUGCAAUCUGCAGUCCUCACUGCGAGAUGCCACUAAAUCCCCUUAAAUCUUACACACUGCUCCCUUAACGCGUUGACUGAAAUGACCCAGUACCACAGAGUAUCAGAACUUCUCCCGCUAAGCGAUACCUGCAUUCAGUCCUUGUUGCACCCAGAUCUAGAAAAAAAAGAGUAUUUGCAUGGUUUUUCUCGCAGCCAAUCACCACAAGCGAUUUUAUGUGACGUGUUGUUGGCCCACUGCUGCAGCAGCUACAACCCGUGGUGAAGUCGAGCACGGUGUAGGAUACAGAAAUGCCAGUUCAGAGUGCUGAGAUUCCACCAUAACAUUCAACAGUAUGGGUAUACUAUACAGCACUGCCUUCCCAUGAUGGGUAUCGAAUGAAGUAGAAACAAAAGAAGGUGUCACUGGUUUUUUAAACAACACUCAGCCCUACUGAAGGUGUUUUUCCUUUUGUCACCCAUCUGCACGUCCACUUCUAAAUUACACACUUGAGAUUUCCGAUAUUAAAAAUUCUCUGUAAGUAUCCUGAAUGCAUAAUGAGGCUUUGCUGCCAGAUGUGGAUUAUGGACUGUUGGUGUUUUAUGAUUAAAGGUAUUUUGAAACCA